AAUCCCUUUAUAAUUAUACGCACCAUGGCCAACAGUACCCAAACACUGAGGUUCACUGCAGACGGUGCAUUCAAGAUCUCAAUCUUUUCAGACCUGCACUAUGGAGAAUCGCAAUAUUCAAUCGGGCCUGAGAACGACGCCCGCACAAGCAACGUCAUGGCCUCGAUCCUCAAUAUCGAAAACCCACAACUCGUCGUGCUGAAUGGGGAUCUGAUCACCGGCGAAGCAAUCAACCGGUCUAACUCUAGUUCAUACGUUGACCGUAUUGUGGCGCCAUUUAUUGAGCAUGAUGUGCCCUGGGCUUCUACGUAUGGGAAUCAUGAGAGUGCGACCAGCCUAUGUCCGCAGGAUGUCUUCCAGAGGGAAACGGGAAAUCAGGAUAGCCUGACGCAGAGCAUGGUUCCUAACUCUACAGCUGGAUAUACGAAUUAUUUCCUGCUUGUGUUUCCGCAUAACGAGUCCCUGGAAGUCCCAGAGGUGAUUUUGUGGUUUUUUGAUACCAGGGGUGGAACUUCGUGUCCGGACUCAGAUGGAUCUGGCAGAAGGCCGGAUUGGGUUGACCAGUCGGUAAUUGAAUGGUUCAACGAGACGCAUUCAGAGAUCACGAACAGAUAUGGGAGGGCAGUACCAUCAUUGGCCUUCUUCCAUAUACCUACAUAUGCAGCAAGGGCAUUCCAGGAUACUGGUCUGAACUGUAGCACUGAGCCAGGGAUUAAUGACGACGUACCGGUUAAACAACAGGGGUAUCUAUGGGAUGGUGAGGAUUACACGGGGCGAGAUAUUCCAUUCAUGCAGGCAUUACUAGCGACAGAAGGAUUGAUUGCGACGUUUAGUGGCCAUGACCAUGGGAAUAAUUGGUGUUUUAAUUGGAACGAGAGGUUGCCUGAUAUGGACCUCGAAGGCAACGGACUCAUUAUGUGUUUUGGCCGGCGCACAGGAUAUGGAGGAUAUGGGGACUGGGCUCGAGGUGGGCGUCAGAUACUCCUACAUCAUAACGUGAGUGAAAAUCCCGUUGAGACGUGGAUACGAUUAGAGGAUGGGACGGUCAAUGGGCGAGUUACUCUGAAUUCGAGCUUUGGUCGUGAUCUAUAUGUAGAGAAUGCGAGUCACGGAACAAGGAGCAUCUCACCGUGGAAGCAUUUUCUUUCGGUUUACAUAUGUAUACUGCUGUUGGUGAGCCUGAAGCAGGUAUAA